AUGGACAUCUGGUCAUGUGGAACCCACAAACAAAUGUCACUUGUGACAAAUGAGGUUUUACUACGGAUGCUAGGAAAAUCAUUGGCUUCUCCUCUCUUAACCUUUGAUUCUGCAGCACGUUCAAGCUGUGUUACUUAUGAUCUUGUAGCAGCUGCACCUAAUGUUGCUUGUCUGAAUGUGACCUCCUUAGCUCUUCCAUCAAAUGUAACCCAAGGAGCCUGUACCUCCCAUUUUUCUCUUAAGAAGUGGGCAAUACAAUCUACUGCACAGAUUGACAACACAACUUUGAGUAAUGAAGACAGGAAGACAUGGGAAGCAAGCAGAGAAGCUCUGUCUGUGUUUGAUUUCAGUGCUGAGGAGAAAGACAAGAUACUUGGAAAAGCAUUUGGUCAUGUCCAUUCUCCUUACUGGGGUGAACAAAGAAAACAAGAAGUCCCCAAAUUUGAAAUUGUUAGUGAGACAUUGGAUUAUCUGAGGAGUCUUGGUCUUACAGAAGAUGACCUCUACAAGUUGCUAAAAAAUUCCCUGAAGUCCUCGGUUGUAGCCUUGAACAUGAAUUGA